CAGCACAGUCAAUAGUUAGCGCCAUUUGUGCUUUUUUUUUUAAAUCCUGGGAAUAAAUUAAAAAGAUAACAGAACAAGAGCAGCAUCCAUGCAUCGCAGCCAGCCCGCCUCCACCCCUCUGUCAUUUUAUUUUUAUGUUUUUUUAGCGUCACAUCCCCCUGGUCGGAGGAAUGUAGACGGAGAGCUUUAAAAAUAGCAUCCUCUCCUCUGACAGCGCUGCUCCGGAGGCUCCGCAGCACUGUGGUGCGAGAAGCAGGAAUGCGAAGAUGGCUACAGACCUAGGAGAGCUGCUGGUCCCGUACAUGCCCACCAUUAGAGUGCCCAGGACAGGAGACAGGGUUUUCAAGAGCGAGUGCGCCUUUUCCUUCGACUCACCUGAGUCAGAGGGGGGCCUGUAUGUGUGUAUGAACACAUUCCUGGGCUUUGGACGAGAACACGUGGAGAGGCAUUAUCGCAAAACAGGACAGAGUGUUUACAUGCACCUCAAGCGACAUGUCAAAGAGAAAGCAACAGGAGCUGCAGGAGGCGCCAUCCCCAGACGAAGGAAUGGAAAAGUGUUUCUAGAUUUAGAGCUAAACCGUGACUUUAACGGUGAGGACUAUGAAUAUGAAGACGAGGCCAAGCUGGUCAUUUUUCCAGACCACUUCGAGAUCCCCUUACCAAAUAUUGAGGAGUUGCCCGCUCUGGUGACCAUCGCCUGUGACGCUGUGCUCAAUGCAUCAUCAGCCUACAAGAAGCAGGAGCCUGAAUCGUGGGAGGAGGAAAUCCAGGUAUCCAGACAUGCCAGGAGCCUCAGACAGCUCGAUAACGGGGUCAGGAUCCCACCUAGUGGUUGGAAGUGUCAGAAGUGUGAGAUGAGAGAAAACCUGUGGAUGAACCUCACGGAUGGAGCCGUGCUCUGUGGGAAGUGGUUCUUCGAUGGGAGCGGAGGGAACGGCCACGCCCUGGAGCACUUUAGAGAGACCAACCAUCCCCUGGCUGUCAAACUGGAUACCAUCACACCAGACGGAGCAGAUGUCUACUCGUUUGAGGAGGAAGAGGCCGUGUUGGACCCCCACAUAUCAGAACACUUGUCACACUUUGGAAUAGACAUGCUACAGAUGCAGAAAAGAACAGAAAACGGUCACAACACAGACAAUAACUCUCGGCCACGGGUAAGCGAAUGGGAGGUGAUCCAGGAGUCAGGCAUGAAGCUGAAAGCGGUGUUUGGUUCUGGUUACACGGGCAUCAAAAACCUGGGAAACAGCUGCUACCUCAGCACGGUGAUGCAGGUCCUCUUCAGCAUCCCUGACUUCCAGAGGAUGUAUGUGGGUAAUCUUCAGAGGAUAUUUGACUACUCACCCCUCGACCCCACGCAGGACUUUGCCACUCAAAUGGCUAAACUUGGACACGGACUUCUCUCAGGCCAGCACUCCAAACCACCCAUGAAAUCUGAGCUCAUUGAACAGGUGAUGAAAGAAGAACACAAGGUAUUAAACUGGGUAUCAGAAGGAGUCUCUCCCCGAAUGUUCAAGUCCCUAGUGAGCAGGGGACACCCAGAGUUCUCCUCCACCAGACAACAAGAUGCACAUGAGCUCCUCCUGCACGUCAUCAACCUGGUGGAGAGGAACAGUGCAGGCUCAGAGAACCCAAGUGACGUCUUCCGCUUCCUGGUGGAGGAGCGCACUCAGUGCUGCCAGACACGUCGGGUUCGUUACACACAGAGGGUAGACUACUGCAUCCAGCUGCCAGCCCCCUUUGAAGCAGCAACCAAUCGAGAGGAGCUGUUGGCAUAUGAGGCCAAGCUAAAGGACGCUGAGGAGAACAUGCGGGCUCCUCCUGAGCCAGUGAGAGCGCGGAUCCCCUUCACCGCCUGUCUGCAGGCUUUAACCGAGCCAGAGAACGUCCCCAACUUCUGGAGCUCAGCACUUCAGGCCAAGUCAGCUGGAGUCAAAACUUCCCGUUUUGCCUCCUUCCCAGAGUACCUGGUUCUGCAGAUCAAGAAAUUCACUUUCGGGGUUGACUGGGUGCCAAAGAAAUUAGACUUGGCCAUAGACGUUCCAGACUUCCUGGAUCUGAGCAGAAUGCGGGCCACAGGGCUGCAGACGGGCGAGGAGGAGCUUCCUGACCUCAUGCCUCCUAUCGUGCUACCUGAAGACACACGAGAUAACUCCAUGGGCUCUUUGGACUCUCCAGAAAUAGACGAGGCGGCAGUAAUGCAGCUGGCAGAGAUGGGCUUUCCGCUCGAGGCUUGUAGGAAAGCGGUCUACUACACAGGCAACAUGGGCCCUGAGAUGGCCUUUAACUGGAUCAUAGCCCACAUGGAAGAGCCUGACUUUGCAGAACCUCUCACUCUGCCCUCCAUGAUCGAUCCUGGUCCCUCCACCAGUGACAGCCCCAUGGGAGCGACCCCGCUGGAAAACUCGCCCCCUGAAGAGAGCAUCGCCAUUCUAACUUCCAUGGGCUUCCCCCGCACUCACAGCAUCACAGCACUCAAAGCCACGAACAAUAACUUGGAACGAGCAUUGGACUGGAUCUUCACUCACCCGGAGGAGGAGGAGACUGACGCCCUCUCAGACAUGGCGGACACAGAGCCCAAUGACAACGCUUUCUCAAACUCAAACUCACACAGUGACUCCACGCUGUCCCAAGACAGAGACUCGUCGGGCCCGCGGGUCAAAGACGGACCAGGACGAUAUGAGCUGUUUGCUUUCAUUAGCCACAUGGGAGCAUCCACCAUGUCUGGUCAUUAUGUUUGUCACAUCAAAAAGGAGGGAAGGUGGGUGAUGUUCAACGACCACAAAGUAUGUUUGUCAGAAAGGCCUCCAAAAGACUUGGGCUAUAUCUAUUUUUACCAUCGACUGUCCAGUGGUUAAAGUAAAUUCCCCCCCUCUCACCUCCACCCUGCACCAUUUAAAAGAAAACACAUUUGUUCACCUGCAGAAGACUGGCAGACAACAUUAAUAACAACCACAGUGGAAAUGAUGUAAUACAACUUCCUUGACCAGCUGCUCGCCUUACCGUGAUGUCAUUCAGGAUCAACCAGGAACCUUGGUUAAAAAAAAAAAAAGGGAAAGCAAUGUGCUCUUUUGUUAUGUUACGCUUUGAAUGUAUAUUUAAGUGUUUGUGUUUAAGAAAAGACAUUUUCUUGCCAGUGUAGGUGCAGAGGAAUGUGUGCAAUUUCUACUUCUGGAGUACUCUGCAAACAAAAUAAUGCCACAUAUCAAAUCACAUUGUUCCUUCUCUAUGCCUUCAGCUACUGUGCCAGUGUCUUCAAAGUGGUACAUUUUAUAAAUGUAUAUUGAGAUGGGAGUGCUUCACUGCCAGCCCUGAAAUGCCCCGAAACUGCAUCAACAGAAAACAAAUUACUGUGCUGCUGGUGGCUUUGCAUUCUGCAUUGAAAUACAAUACAGUGUUUUUCAUCUCAAGGAUAUUUAAAGGACAUCCUGAAGUUUAAAGGGGCUAUAUGUAACUUUUUACAUGUAUAAAUCGUUUUUUAUCGCCCAUUAAUAAGCGAAGGGUUUACUGAUGUGAGUAGAUGUUCACUGUCUAUCUGUGUUGCCUGUAUAAAAUCUUUCCCCGGGUCGUAUUUUCGCGAAAGCUCCAGGAAGUGACAUUUUAUGCAUGUUCUCAACGUCCUCCUCACUCCGCUCUGCUUACAGAGAUUAACAUACAAACUCAUCACACACUCCCGGUCUUCACCUCCACAGCCAGAGGCCGCCUUCCACACACUUCUAUCCGCCCUAGGAGCUCUCAAAGGCGGACAAACUCAUCACACACUCCUGCUCUCAGCCAGUUCCUGCAGAGACUGUCGUUUGUAGGAUGGAGAAUGAAUACAGACACACAGACUCCUUCACAGACUUUCACAUGUGUAUGACCACUUACCUCCUCUGUGAACAUUAUGCCGGUAAAUAUCUAGUGUUUCGCGGCCGAUAAUGAUGCUAGUUUGUGUACGUACAAGCACGUGAGGGAGAGCAAGCAACAGGUUACUGGUACAGUUCACCUAACAGCCAUGAGGUAUCGCUACAAACGCAGUGUUUUUGAAAGUUACAUAUAGCCCCUUUAAAAGUAGUAACGAGAUAUAAACGACUUAUUGUAUGCUGAAAGUUUCAGACUGAGCCCAGCGUGAAUGGGUGUUAACCUGGUUAAAAAAAACAGUGUUAGUGAAUUAUGGCUCAAACCUGCCCCAGUUUUACUUUGAGAUUGUUUGAGUGUGUCCCUCUUUAAGGCAAAACUUUCUCGGGUGCCCUUGCCGAGUUAUCAACAUUGAAGUAUUUCCCCACUCUGUAAGCACUUUUUUUUGCGUAAAAUGAGCUCAUAAGGUGCAGUUGAAGUGGUCUUUUUAUUCACCAGCUAUAAACAAAUGAAUGUGAUAUCUUCAACUUCAGUACUGCUGAACCUGAAAAUCCUUGAAGUGGCCAUUAGUCGAUGUAGAGAUUACAGUAUACAAACAUACAACUGAUGCCAAAUUAAAACUAAGCCUAUGUUGAGAUCAUAUCAGUGCACAAACAGAAUCCCUUCGUUCUGCAGUGAAAUUCUUUGAUUCAUUGUGAGUUGCAAGAUGUUUGCAUUGUGUGCAAAACUUGAACUCUCGGCUGCAGCUGUUUCAGAUUGGUUCCUUUAUCACUUUGACAUAUUCAGACAAUGACUCAAAAUUUUGAAUGAAUGUUUUUGCUGGAGCUGUUGCUGCUUUUUACACGUCACUAGUUAUGCACCUGAACUGUUUUCAGGUCUAAUGCAAUAUGACCACCAAUAUGCACCACAACCAUAUCUGCUCAGUGCUGCUGUAUGAUAAAAGCUGAACUGGGAUAUCUCGUCUAUGUGCAGUCUUGACGGAUAGACAUGCUGCAGUGCUGAAUGUACUUCAUGGUGCUCACAGCAACUAAAACCUCCUGUUCAGCUUUAAUACUCAGAAACCACAUUGAAUUUAGAACUGGCACCUCGAGUUUUAGUCACUAAACCUCAUGCUGGAUCACUCAAAGACUCUGUACUCCACUCACUCAGUUGACUCAAAACAUGCCCAACAGAUAAAUCAAACAUAUCUUGUUUAGUAGUAUCUGUGAUAUCUUUUGUUUUCUUCCUCUGACUGUCAACAAUAUUUCAGUUUUUCAGCCGUGUUUAGUCUAUUAACAACCAAAACAAGGAGUACAUGGAACUGGACUUCAAUCAGGCUUUUAUCUGUUUUAUCUCAAACAAUCUGCAUAGUAUAACAAAGUGUUGAUAUUUUGUUAUCGCCACAAACACAAUCCCAGUUGUAUGAACCUGGCAUUUACCGAAACUGUCUUUAACUCAGUAGUGCACUCAUGGUUGCAAGGGGAGCUGUGAUGAAAAACGACUUCAAGGGUUUUUCUGCAAAAUGUGUGUGCAAACUUCGGAGUCAUAACUUCUCAUAUUCAGGGAGAGGACAGACCGUUGACAAUAAAUACACAAUUCUUAAGAGUGUUCGGGUGGGUAAUGCAUAAUCUAUCACACAUCAUCCUGGACAAGAUAUUAAAGUAAAGUGAAUGCCUCUUAAAGAUUUCUUUAGAAAUAGUCAGAGGAUUGUCUCCACCUGUGAGUCUGUAUGUCUACAGAAUCUUCAAGAUGAUUUUGCAGAAGAACUCUGUCUUUCAGCGGUGCUCCCCCUUUAAUAACAGUGUGCCUACAUUUGACUGAUCACUACAUCUCAACAUUUAUCAUCUUCACAUACUACUUGACAAACUGCUGCAGUGUUCAUCAUCUAUGCAUCGGGGAAGUCUAAAAAGGUCUCUCUAUGCAACUAUUUUAUUUCUGCCUUUCCUUCUUUAAUGUUUUGUAUCCUUUGUCGGACCCUGGUCUAAAAAGUGUCUUUCUGAUCUUCAUCAUAUGUGGAUCAGUGAAAAACCUGUUGUCUUGCUCGAUGACGUUAAGUUAUAAAUGUCCUGAGAUAUUCUGUGCAAUCAGUUGUUAUUUCGAGGCACCUUUUGUUCCCCCUGCUCUCCUGAUAACGUAAUGCUUUUUGUAUUUUUUGUCUAUUUUGGUUUUGGCUUUCCCUCCAGCUCGGUCUCUAUUCAUUUUCUCUGCCAUGCUAAACCUACCUGUUUAAUUUGUCACUAAACAGCUUUUACAAUGUCAGCAUGUGCACUAGACUUUGGCAUUUAGUCAUUUGGAUUGUACAACUGUUCUUCUGUGAGUUUUAUUCUUCUUUACCUUUAACUAAAUGUCAAAAUGUUCUUCACCUGUUUUUACUCUGUUGCUUUUUUUUUUGCAAAAAAGUUUGUGCAAAUUCUGUAGUUUUCAUUACAUAGCUUUCCUGAAGGGAUUAUUUUAAGUUGACUUUUGUAAUGUACGGUAUGCGUUUAUCCAAAUAUAAUUUAGGUGUAUGUGAAUAGAGUAAUGACAGUAUAGUCAAUGGCACUGUUUACUUACCAGAGUUGGAACAUUGAAUAAACUACACCUUUGUC